AAAUCUGAGUCAGAAUCCCGCUUGGAUAAUAAAGAAGAAGAUUUUCGAGCGACUUCUUGGCGGAGGUCGAGAGAGAAACUCGCAAUGUCUAGUCUCUCAUCCAGUGAAUCUGAGGAAGAAGAUGAGCGUAUCGAAUCAUACAGGAAAGGCGGAUAUCACGCUGUUAGAAUCGGAGAUUCCUUCGCUGACGGCCGCUAUAUCGCUCAGAGGAAGCUCGGUUGGGGCCAGUUUUCCACCGUUUGGCUCGCUUACGACACUAAGACUUCCAAUUAUGUUGCUCUUAAGAUCCACAAAAGUGCGCCAGAAUUUACGCAGGCAGGUCUUCACGAGGUUGGACUCCUUUCUGCCAUCGCUGAAGGAGACCCCACAAAUAGUAAACAUGUUGUAAGAUUAAUUGAUCACUUUAAGCACGCAGGCCCAAAUGGACAACAUUUGUGCAUGGUAAAUGAAUUUCUGGGUGAAAGCUUACUCCGGUUGAUCAAAUUUAAUCGCUACAAGUGUCUGGAAUUGGACAAGGUCAGAGAGAUAUGCAAAUGCAUUUUAAUUGGUCUGGAUUAUCUACAUAGACAACUUGGCAUUAUACAUACAGAUCUAAAACCUGAGAAUGUUCUUCUCAUGUCCACUAUUGAUCCAUCUAAAGAUCCUAUUAGAUCAGGUCUCACCCCUAUCCUUGAAAAACCGGAGGGAAAUCCAAAUGAUAGAACCACCACUAAUAUUAUUGAGAAAAAAUUGAAGAGAAUGGCGAGAAAGGCUGUGACUAAAAUAGCAGAAAGACGAGCUUCAAUAGGAGUUGUGAGACCAACUGUAAAGCCGGAUAGAUGUCUAAAUGGGAUUAACGUAAGGUGCAAGAUUGUGGACUUUGGAAAUGCAUGUUUUGCAGAUAACCCAUUAUCAGAAGAAAUUCAAACGAGGGAGUAUAGAUCCCCCGAGGUCAUUCUUCGAUCUGGAUAUUCAUUCUCGGCUGACAUGUGGUCAUUUGCUUGUUUGGCUUUUGAGUUAGCCACUGGUGAGAUCAUGUUUAAUCCUAAGAAGGGACAAGAUUACGUCGAGGAUGAGGAUCACCUGGCUCUAAUGAUGGAGCUCCUUGGAAAGAUGCCGAAAAAGAUUGCAAUUAGUGGAGCUUUGUCUAAAGAUUAUUUCGACAGACACGGGGAUCUGAAGAGAAUACGAAGGCUAAAGAACAUGUCGCUAGAUGAGGUUCUGGUUAGGAAGUACAAGUUUUCUGAAACAGAUGCUAAGGAGUUUGCGGAGUUUUUGUGUCCACUUCUUGAUUUUGCACCAGAAAAGAGACCAACUGCUCAUAAGUGUCUGCAACACACAUGGCUUAAUAUUGGGACCCAGAUUAAGGAUGAAGUGAAGAAUGAAUGAAUGUGAAGAAUGAAUGACAACUUCAAGUCAAAAAUAGGCGGGAUAUUUUUUAGGACUUCUAUCUCGUGUAUCUGCAAAUUCAAAAAAUUGGAUUUUGUAGUAUGAUGUGGUAACAACAAUUACAAUUAAUCAAAUACUCUGAACUUGAGAACUGAUAAAUUACAAG